AUGAAUGUAACUCGUAGCAUUGAAAAAAAUUUUGAAAAUGCCAUUAGAUUAUUUUCAACUAAGAAAUCUGUUAAGGAAUAUAAUACUUCAAAGUUAAACCAUCUUUGUGAUCAAAAUGGCAAUAUUGUUCCGAUUGCGUGUCUUCCUGCUCAACACCAUGGCCUUGGAGCCAAUCUGGGAAGCGAAGAUGAUUAUUCCGGGCUAGCAUCUGAACUUUAUCUUGGUGUUGGAACAAGAGUCAUGUUGCGAACUAAUUUAUGGUUGAAAAAAUCUUUGGUUAAUGGUUCUAUGGGAACUGUUAUUGAUUUGUUAUAUGAAGAUGGCAAGUCUUCUCCAAAUGAUUUACCAUCAGUUGUUAUGAUAAAAUUUGAUGAGUAUAAUGGUCCAGGUAUUGGACCAGAAAAUUUAGUUCCCAUUGGGAGGGUUACAAGAUACUGGAAUAACAAGAAAAAAGAUGAAAUUUGUUCAAGAAAUCAGUUUCCAUUGAUGGUUUGUUAUGCUUGCACUAUUCAUAAAAGUCAAGGACUCACUUUAGACCAGGCUGUCAUUGAUAUUGGUCCAUCAGAAUUUUCUUUGGGUGUAAGUUAUGUGGGCAUUUCUAGAGUCAAAACUCUUGAUGGUAUUUUACUUAAUCCAUUUCCUUUGGAAAGGUUAUUAAAUAUCAAGAAUCGAAAGGAAAUGAAUUAUCGUCAUGGCUUUGAAAUGAUUUUGUCCAUGCAUAAACAAUGA